AUGUCUAACAAAGUUGGCUCUUCUAGCGAUCAUCCAGCGGAAUCUCUCAAGCAUAUCAAUGCAGAAAUUGUCGCGCAACUUUCCAAGCUUCCCCUGAAGCUACCAACUGAGGGUGAACCAUAUCUUUCACAAAUCAAGCCACUUAGAUCGCUGUUUGAAUAUGCCUUUGUCUAUAAUUGGCUCAGUGUCUUUCGUGGUGCCAUUAAGAUGAGCGCAGACCCAUUUCAUGUAUAUAUUUGGGAAGAAGAGUUGGCGGGAGUCACUUUUCCUAGCACGUUCAUCAAUAGGCUAAAGGUAAAUUUAAUCAAUAGUUUAUUAAAAGCUGGUAUGAAGAUACGCGCCCCGGAGGAAUUCGAUCAGCUGUUGAUGUCAUUUUUAGGGGACCAAUUGGAUGAGAUUUUGAAUAAAUAUGAUGUUCAUGUCUCUGAUUAUAUAGAUGAGGAACAGGGAGCUGAAGAUUAUGAAGAGGAAAUAGAAGAGAAUAAUGAUGAGGACGAAGAGGAAGAAGAGGAAGAAGAAUAUGACGAAUAUGACGAAUAUGGGUAUCCAGUAGAAAAACUCCCAAAGGUGAAAGAGACUCCUUCAAAACCAUUGAUAAGGUUUUUUGAUCUAUUACCCUUGGGAGCCAAAGUGGAAAUUUUCUAUAUUUUAAUUGAUAAGGUUUGUGUAACCAAUCUGUUUGCAAAAUAUCUCGAAAAAUUCGAAAAGCCAAUUGAGUUAAGACUAGAUCCUAUUUUCACACAUGUUUCUCAGUCCAAGUUUCCGGUAAUAGAAAGUUCCUACUAUCUUCUUGAUGAUAACAGAUUGUACCUCCAGAAGUUGAUCUACAGCAAAACAGUUCACAUUCCUACUUCUGGGAAAAAAUUGGAAGUUUUUGAUCCUUUAGAAGUAUUAGAUGAUAUUGAUCCAUCUUUGGAGUGGGAAUGUCUUACCAACAACUUUUAUGAGAUGUAUGAUUUAAUUAUUGAAUACAGAAAGAAGCCACAACUCAAGAAAUUAGGUCAAUUGCUAUUUGGUAUGCUUGAUGAAUUUGCUGGGCAAGAGUUGAAAUGGAAGAAGAAUUACCAACACCGGUUGAAGGAAAAACAGAUGCAGAGUCUAUUGAUGAAUCGAAAGAGAUCUAGCAGACUACAAGAGAAAGAAGAGCGUAAAAGACUUGAGGAGGUCGAAAAACAGGCAGAAUAUGAAAGAAGGUUGAAAGAAGCUGCGGCAAUGAGAGCUGCUAAAAGAAUUAAGUUAAAGGAGCAAAAAGAGCAGGAAAGACAGGAAAGAUUGAAUAAAAGAAUUGAAACACCCGCUCCAAUGAAUGAAGAGGUGAAACCAGAGGUCAUUGAAAUCGAUGAGGAGCCCUCAAUUAGUACAUCUCUUAAUGAUGCUGCAAUCAAGGAAGAACCAGCGGUCGAAGUAUUAGCACCACAAGACGUUUCAACUCAAAGUGUUGAAACUAAAACUGCUGCUGAUGCUCCAAAUCCCCAAUUAGACGACGUUCUGGUUUCAACACCUGCCAUUAUGUCAGCUGUAGCACCACAGCCAACUGAUAUUAUGCCAAUAAAAUCUGACGCUACAGAAUCUUCUUCUCAAACUGCUCCUGUUUCUGCAUCCAUUCCUAGUGUAGAAGCUUCCAAUGUUAUCGCUGAAGAUGAAGAUGUUGAAAUGAAGGAUGUUUAA